UCUGUUCCUCGCAUUUUCCAAGUCUUCCAUUUCUUCCAGCAGCUUCUCCCCCCUUCCCCACUGCUCCCAAGCAAAGGCGAGAACCCUAGCCUCACCAGAACCGCACGGAGAUCCCGACCAUCACCGCGAUGCAGGCCCCUGCGAACCCCCCCGUCGAACUCCCGCCGCUGGUGGCGCCGCCGCCGCGGGUGAAAGCGCCGACCCCGCGCCCCCCUCCGCCGGCCUCGCUCCAGCCCGACUCCCCGGGCGUCUUCUUCACCAACGCUGCCGCAGCCGCCCCACUGGGCUCCGCCCACCGCCGCAUCGCCAUCGCCGUCGAUCUGUCCGACGAGUCCGCCUACGCCGUAAGCUGGGCCGUCGCCAACUACCUCCGGCCCGGGGACGCCGUCAUCCUCCUGCACGUCCGCUCCACUAAUGUUCUAUACGGCGCUGACUGGGGCUCCGUCACCCCCACGUCCCCCGAAGACGACGCUGAGGUCGCCGCGCGCAAGAUGGAGGAAGACUUCGACGCCCUCACCGCUUCCAAGGCCGACGACCUGGCCAAGCCACUCGAGGAGGCCAAGAUCCCCUACAAGAUCCACAUCGUCAAGGAUCACGACAUGAAGGAGAGACUCUGCCUCGAGGUGGAGAGGCUAGGGCUUAGCGCGGUCAUCAUGGGGAGCAAGGGGUUUGGUGCGGCGCGGCGGGCCAGCAAGGGAAGGCUCGGGAGUGUGAGCGAUUACUGCGUCCACCACUGUAUUUGCCCCGUGGUGGUGGUGCGUACCCCUGAUGAUGCUGUAGCAGAGGGCGGGGAGUCCGCCACUGCGAUGGAGGCGGCGGUUGGUGCAGAGGACGUGCUCCACCCUGUGCCAGAGGAGGAUGCCGAGUACCAUGACGCCGCUGAGGAGCAUAAGGAUACUUGAUUGGAUCCAUGCAUCAAUGUCCUGUUGGAUCCAGCAUGUAAAGGUCCUAGCAUUCGACUGUUGGCUGAGUGCUACCUCGGGGUUUCUGCUGAGCACAUUAGCUGUUUGUUAGACUUUUACUGUUUUAUGUCUAUCUGUGCUUCCACUCUGAUGUAUUUGGUGAACAUUUGUUCUCUAGAACUUUUGUGCUUAUUGGAUACCAAAUUAUGCUGAUGAGACAGUUUGACUACUUAGAGAACCACAUGAUUGCCUGCUAUAUUUAUUUGGUUUUGCUAAGCAUCUUGCAACUGAAA